GCUGUCAAAGACGAAGUAUCCUUCCAGCGACGGGCAGUCAAAGCAGAAGUGCUAUCGAUCGCUGUCAAUGACGUAAGACCACGGAAUGAAAUUUGGCGUGACAGUACCUUCCUUUGUUGACAGAGCGAGUCCAGUAACGCAUGCGUAAAGAAUCGUGAGGCGCAAAAGCAAAUGUCUAUUAAUUUAAUUAACAUCGGUUUACAUUUUUGUGACACAAUUAUAACAAUGCAAGACAUAAUUACAAGAAUUUAAAAAAAUACAAUUUAUUAUCAUUGAGCGAGCGCUGCGAUUUCCGGAGCGCCGUUGAACGCAGCACAAUUCAAGAUGGUGAAAUUCGGACUCCAGUUCAAAGCCACCCUGGAGAACCUAACUAACGUGACGCCAGUGGGUGACGACUUUCGCUGGUUUCUGAAGCUGAAGUGUGGCAACUGUGGCGAGAUUCCAGCUAAAUGGCAGUAUAUCACCCAGGCGUAUAUCACCCAGUCGGUAAGAGCCACAACAUACAACUCUUUAAUAUACAACUCUUUAAAUGGCAGUAUAUCACCCAGGCGGAGAGCACGCCACUGAAAGGGGGAAGGGGAAGUGCCAGCAUGGUGCAGAAGUGUAAACUUUGCUCCAGGGAAAACUCAAUUGAUAUUCUGGGGGACACGAUCACGCCUUAUAAUGCCGAGGACAGCGACACCUUCAAGACCAUGGUGCAGUUUGAGUGCCGAGGUCUGGAGCCUGUGGACUUCCAGCCACAAGCUGGCUUUGCUGCACAGGGAGCAGAGUCUGGAACAUCCUUCCCUGAAGUAACACUUCUGGAAAAAGACUGGACGGACUAUGACGAGAAAGUCCACGAGUCCGUGGGAAUAUACGAAGUCACACACCAGUUCAUCAAGUGUUGAUGUCUUCUGAUGGGGUGAAUGAACUGUUAGCAAACUUCUUUCCACUUGGAUGGAGACUUCACAUGCCACCACUUACUUGCCUUGUCAAUAAUUGCCUUUAUAUAUAUAUAUAUAUAU